UUGAUAGCUUCCAAUCCUUCGACUACCUACCAACCGAUCAGAUAGAUGAACGACGCCUUCCCAUCGCCCGCGACAACACAUCACACUCGGACACACACCCUGUCCAAGUCGAUUCCCUGACGCCCUCUAGAUCUUCUCCCUGAUCCCCCAGCCAGAGUCAUCCACCUAGGCCCUCCAUCAAGACCGCGCGCAAGAAACGCGGCCGGCCAAGUCUUGCGCCACGAGCACCAUGUCGGUCCUGCUCGAGACCAGCGCCGGCGAUAUCGUCAUCGACCUACUCGUCGACUAUGCACCCAAAGAAUGCCUAAACUUCCUUAAACUCUGCAAACUCAAGUAUUACAACUUUUCGCCCGUUCACUCGAUCCAGCAGGACUUCUCAUUUCAGACCGGUGAUCCUCUUGGCCCCAACUCAGCCGACUCGGAUGGCGGCUCAUCUGUCUGGGGUCUUUUAGAUGGCCCUUCCAAGAAAAACUUCCCCGCCACCUUCCACCCCAAGCUCAAGCAUCUCGAACGUGGCACCGUGUCCAUGGCCACGGCACCGCAUCCUUCCGACCCAGAUGUCCGCCUGGCUGCGAGCCAGUUUCUCGUGACUCUGGGCGAUAAUACCGACUACCUCGAUGGCAAAGCUGCCAUUUUUGGCAAGGUGGUUGAAGGUUUUGAUGCCCUCGAAGCCAUCAACACGGCCAUCACCGAUAAAGACGGUUGUCCGCUGGUGGACAUCCGCAUCAAACAUACCAUAGUUCUCGACGAUCCUUACCCCGACCCCAGUGGCUUGCGUGAGCCAAGCCAAUCGCCCCAGCCUUCCAAGGCCCAGCUUGCUACCGUGCGGAUCGCCGAUGACGAUGCAGCCAACCUGGACCAAGAAGUGGACCAAGAUGCUGCCGAGAAGCUUCGUCGCGAGAGGGAGGCUCGUGCCCAGGCCCUAACCCUAGAGAUGAUGGGCGACCUACCCUUUGCCGAGGUCAAGCCUCCCGAGAAUAUCUUGUUUGUUUGUAAACUCAAUCCUGUCACUGCCGACGCCGAUCUCGAGCUCAUCUUCAGCCGGUUCGGCAAGAUUUUAUCGUGUGAAGUGAUUCGUGACAAGAAGACUGGAGACAGUCUUCAAUACGCCUUCAUCGAAUUUGAGGACAAGAGUGCCUGUGAAGCUGCUUAUUUCAAGAUGCAAGGAGUUCUUAUCGACGACCGAAGGAUACAUGUAGAUUUCAGCCAAAGUGUAAGCAAGCUGGCCGACGUCUGGAGAGGUGGCGAAAAUGCCAAAAGGAAAGGAAGGGCUGGCCGCGGUGGUUGGGGUGGCGUGCAAGAUCUAGAGAAAUGGCGCAAAUACAGGAACGAAGAGACAGGUGAGAACGAAGACCAUUACAGCAUGGUCUAUGGCGAGGAGGAGAUGCGUGGGAGACAUCAACGACAACGCCAUGAUGAGCGCCGCCAUGCUGGGCCGCCGGAAGACUCGGGUCGCCGUGCCGAGCGCGAGCCAAGGAAUGAUCGCGAAAGGGAACGUCGCCCGGACCCAAGGAGGCGAAGUCGCAGCCGGAGCCCUCGGAAAGACCGAUCUAGCGGUGGAAACGGCUAUAACGGACGGCAAGACCGUGAUUCUCGGCGAGAUACCUCGCAUCGUCAAGAUUACCACCGACAUCGUGAUAGAGACCGGAAUGAUUACCGUGAUCGAAGGAGAUAGUCAAAGGGUUUCAUGAAACCGUCAAACGCAGCCCCUGUUCUGGCAUAAAUAACGUCCACACUCGUCUACUUAAUUAUUCUUGAUGUUUUACAAGAACUGUCUCAGUGUCACGGGCCCGGAACUUUAGAUCGCAUAAUGUGGUCAAGUUUGCGCGCUGCUACUACACACAUCAACGAGGUUACAGC